GCUGCUGAGAGCAUCACACAAUAAUAACCAGCAGAAUGAGAGUCAAACUCUUGAUAAUCGCUCUCAACGCUGUGCUGUUUGCAGGAGCUUCUCUCGGCGAUCAGGUCCGCCAGACGCCGUUGAACAUUGUGGAAAAUCGAGGAGAAGCAGCCAGAAUCAGCUGCUCCCACAGUAUCCAGAUGUACAAUAUGAUCCUCUGGUACAAGAGACUAGAGGACAAACAGCUGCAGCUGCUGGGGUAUCGAUUUUUUGGAGAAACCCUUCUAGAACCUGGAGUGGCUGUGAAGGUGGAAGGGAGUGCAGACAGAGACCAGACCUGCACUUUGAUGAUUAAGGAGCUGAAUGAGAGCAGCAGUGGGGUUUACUUCUGUGCUGCCAGCUACCACAGUGCUGCACAGCCACAGCUCAUCAGAACAAAAACCUCACCGUCUGCCGAACCAAGCAAUUUAUAAUUAGGUUAUAUGUAGGUUCAGUGGUACAUGACUAUAUGGGUUGUGAUACAGAACAUUUGAGUAAAAUGUUUACUUUGCUGCUCAGUUAACGUUUGACAGAUUUCCGCCUGGAUCGACUCGUUUUCAUCAACCUCUCGUUCUUCUCUCUCAAAGGGGAGGAGCUUCUGUGAAGCGACACGUUAUUUAUCCUCCCAGAAAUAUUCAGCACAUCUCUGUUGGACCACAAAGCGACAGAUUCUAAACACUGAAUAUUUAAAAUUAAAACGAUGUUGCAAAUUCUUAUCAUACUUCUACUCUCUUCAUUGAGAAUUCAAGUUUACUCCCAGGACGUCAUCCAGGAUCCCACCAUCAGUUGGAGGCUGAAGUCCGAAUCGACUGAGAUGAAAUGCAGCCACAAAAAAGACAUUUCUCAUACCCAGAUGUACUGGUACCGACAGCGACCAGGGGAGACCAUGACCCUCGUUGUGUACACGGYGUUCGGUGGGCAGCCAGACUACGGCGAGAACCCGCAGAGCAAAUACUCAGCAGUCAAAGACGCCAUAGAGACCGGAGCUCUGACUGUGAAGGACCUGCAGCCUGAUGACAGCGSCGUGUAUUUCUGUGCUGUCAGCAAACACAGUGAUGUGAGGAAAUACAACAGCUGA